UUUGCAUCUGCGGGGUUACCGGCUAGCAGCUCGGCGAGCAACUCCUCCGGGCUUCCUGCAGGAGGGUCCUGCUCUGUACCACAGCCAGUCGUCAGCGCCACAAGUUCAGUCUGCCGCUUCUGGCGGCCUGUCGUCGCAUUACGGCCAUCUAGCAAACAUACAUUGCUCUGCAUCGGUCCUGUCGCGCAACUGGCCAUGGACUGACGGAUCGAGCAGCGCCAGCGCCGGACCCGCCGGCGAACCUGGCUUGCGGAGCACUGCAACAUCCGACUCGCCGCUUAUGUCGCAACCACCGCUUAUUUCGCAACCGCCGCUAGCGCACCCUUCUGUCCUGUCGCACCAACCUCCGUCCGCGCUUUCCGAAUCCCACCGCGCCUCAUUUUCCUCCGGAUCCGGAGCAGGCGUCGACGCAGGCCAUAUGUCUGAUCCGGUCACACAUUCACGUCUUCGCAGCAUGAGUGCUGCGGCGUUUCCCUCACAUGCAGGAAUCUACGCGUUUCAGCAUAGUGCUGCGUCGCACAGUGCUUCAGAGUCCGUCCGGGAAAGCUCGGUUGGCUCAUCGGCAUCUGUGACACCUGCGCAGCCGCAGCGUCAGCGCGCGUCCUCCAACAAACUGAUCCGGUCGGGAACCAUUCUGGACUUCUCGCCUACGAUGGGCGCACUGCUGCCAUUAUCGCGCAGUAUCGGCAGCAGCGGCGUCGGAACGACCCGUCGCGCUAAAUUCAAGCGCAGCAGGACGGGAUGCCUGGUCUGCAGGAAGCGCAAGGUCAAGUGCUCACAGGACGGCACGCCCUGCAAGCAGUGCCGCAUCGGAGAUCGUGCUUGCUUCUACGAGGCGGUGCCUACUCCUCGCAAGCGAUCGUCGAGGCUUUGCGCGGGCGCCGACCACGCGGCGAGCGUUGAUCAGGCAGUGUCUGUAGGCGACGAGGAGCUCGACGAGCUCGACGAUGAGUCGUGUAGCCAAGUGGAAGAUGUCUGCACCACAGAGCCAGGGUCCGGACUACCCGAGCAACUGAAGGGAGGGUCAGGGAUCAUCUUAGGAGAGCGCAAUGCUAUUUGGAACUCCCGAGGAGCAGCGCUCACGCAAGGAGCCGCUUUGCCGCCGCCGUCGUCGUCCUGGAAGGGCAAUCAUCCGGUUGCAAGUGGCGUGCCGGGAGAGCUGUUCAACGAGACCUCCGAUUUUGAUAGCCACCACCUUCUCUCGUCGAUGAACGCUGCAGAAGAGCUUUACCAGGAACCCCUAAUCAACCAGGCUCCGAGUCGACUGGGCGACUCUAUACGCGAGCUUCCAGACUAUGGACGGUGACAUCGCUUUCUAUCGGCCCCUCUCCAGUCAGCCUAGC